AUGGCUCCACGUCGCGGUAAGGGUGUAGUGAGAGAGAAGGAGAGCGAGGCUAAGAAGAUGGUCAUGGCUGAGGGGAAGAAGGGGGUGAAGAGGAGUAGGAAGAGUCUUGAUAAGAAAGGCAAAGGGAAGAGGAGGCGAGAGAAUAAAGAUACUGUUCGGGUGGUAGAGUCCGGAGAUUCCUCUACGUGUAGUACGACGACCACUGCUGCUGCUGGUUCGGUGGAGGAUGAGGUUGUUGGAGCGCCGUUGUUCUUUGAGGACUCACAAGGGGAUGGGGGUAUUGAUGGCAGAUUGCGGGAGAGGGAGCACGGGAUCAAAUAUCAAGGGAAGUGGCGGGCGGUGCCACCUACUAGGUAUUACUCGGAGAAUGAUGGUAAUGUUGAGGAGGAGGCGAGGAGAUGUAAUGCGUGUUUUAAGGAGGGCCAUCUGAUGAAGGAUUGCCCGUUACUGCAGCGCGACCGUCGUAGGUGUAACCUCUGUGGGCAGCUGGGGCAUCUGAGGAAAGAUGUAGGAGGGAGGGUUGGUAGAGGUGCAGUGCAUUCUGUUGGAGUACCGUUGGACGCUGGGCUUGAACACGUCAUCUCAUGGCCACAGUUGUAUGCAAAGGGCAAUAUAGUGGUGAUGGAUAACACCUAUAAGGUGACGAUGUUGUUGAGACGGUAUGCAUAUAGUGAUGAGGAGAAGGUGGAGGUUGGAUUGCCGUACCCAUUGGAGUUGGCAGCUAAGAAGGGGGAGACGACGACCGGGGGGGAGGAAGGGAAAUACGUGGAUAGCAUCACCGAGGAGGUGCUGGUGAAGGAGCUGGGCGGACGGAGUAAUGUGAAGGGGAUGAGCUCGGCUGUCCUGAGGCUGGUCUCCUUUGCUUCGCCACAACUGGCGACUUUGUCUGUGAGGAACGCUAUGAUGCAAGAGGGAGAGGAGGAGCCUUCUAAGAUUCUACGACGGGCUAUUGGAUGGUGCUAUGAAGCAUUGAAUGAAGUGUCUACUAUUAAGGAGGGGAAGGGGUAUGGUCUUGAGGAGGGUGAAGGAGGAAAGAUGGUCGACUAUGCUCCGCUUAAGAGACUUCUUAAAGGAGGCGGCGAUGAUUCUUCCGUUGUGGAGUAUCCCUCCUUCACCGAAUGUGUGGAUGACUACUACACUCGACUUAUGCGGGCCCAACUGGAGGGACAACUCGUCCAGAAGCAGAGCCAAAUGAUAUCUAAGGUGGAGAAUAUCAAGUCCGAUCAACGUCGUAGGAUGGGGGAGCUUGAGAAGGAGCAGCAGUCGUUGUGGGAACAGGCGGUGGCGUUAGAGGCUAAUACGACACUUGCUGAUGCGGCUAUUCAGAUGGUCAAUGCCCUGCUAGCAGCAAAGUUACGGUGGGACGAGCUCACGAUCGCUGUGAAGCAACAGCAGCGGGCUGGGCAUCCCUUAGCGAUGCAUAUUCGUCAGUUGGCCCUUGAUAAGAAUAGGAUAUCUAUAGUGCUUGAGAAAGCGGCCAGCACAGAUGAUGAUGACGAUGGUGCGACGACUGUGGAGGUAUGGCUGGACCUUGGCAGAACGGCUCAGGCUAAUGUCGCACUACUCCACGAGAAGAGGAAGGGGAUGCAGGAGAAGAUGGGUAAAACUGAAGAGCAGAUGGCGAGGGCGGUGAAGAUGGCUGAGAAAAGGCUCAAAGGGAAGGGCGCUGGGGGCAACCAGGCGGCUGCGGCACUGGGAGGAGCAGAGAAGCAACUGCUAGCGAAACGGAGGAAGAAGUUUUGGUUUCAGAAGUUUUUCUGGUUCAUUUCUAGCGACCGACUGCUGGUUUUGGCAGGUAGGGAUGCUCAGCAGAACGAACUGCUAUGGCGACGGUAUCUAGCACCAACUGAUAUUUAUGUUCAUGCUGAUCUUGCUGGUGCUGCUACUGUGGUGAUAAAAAUGCCCAAGGGGGGAGUCGAACCUCCGCAGCGGACGUUGGCCGAGGCUGGGCAAUAUUCCCUAUGCAGGUCUCGAGCAUGGGACAACAAGAUCGUCACAUCAGCUUGGUGGGUGUGGGCCAAGCAAGUGUCGAAGACUGCACCAACAGGGGAGUUCCUCUCGACGGGUAGCUUUAUGAUUCGGGGAAAGAAGAACUUCCUUCCUCCUACUGGCCGCUUGGAGAUGGGUCUUGGGGUGAUGUGGACGGUCACGGAUGAUAGUGCGGAGAAGUACCGAGCUAAGAGGGUUCAGAGGGAGAACCUAUUGGAGGAAGAGGAAAAGGAGCGGCGUAUUGUGUCGACUGAGGAAGCAGAGGAGGAGGGGCCCGGAGUGGUGGAAGACUUUGAUUUUAACCCAAAGGGAGGGGAGGGGCCCAUCAAGAAGGGCGGCAAGGAAGAGGGUGGUCAGGCGUCAAAGGGAGGAGGUGGAGAUACGGAGAGUUCAGCAGAUGGGCAGCGUGGGGAUAAGGAGCAAGCAGGGGGGAAGACGAAGCCACUGACUCGGCAUCAGCGGAAGAAGCUGGCGAAGAUUAGAGAGAAGUAUGGAGAUCAGGAUGAGGAGGAGAGGCUGAUCAGGAUGAAGCUGAUGGGCAGUAAGGAGGUAAAGGUUGUUGAGGAACAACAACAGCAGCAGCAGCGACAGGAUGAGGAAGAGGACGACGACGUAGUGGAAGAGGCUUCGAGUAAAGACGUGACUACCGGUAAGAACAUCUGCUUCAAGUGCGGUGAGGAGGGCCAUCUAGCGAGUGCCUGCCCGAAUGCUGCUGCCGAGGCACAGGCCAACAGUAGUCGGCAAGUUGAUGACCACGAGGAAGAGGAGGAGGAAGAGGAAGAUGAAGAGGAGGCGAAGGUCACCUCGGGCGGUGGGAUAGCCCAUACACUUGAUCGACUGCAAUCGUGGCCGGAGUGGGGAGAGGAUGAGGUCCUUGGUGCCGUCAUGGUGUGUGCUCCCUAUCAGGCUAUGACUCAGAUUCCAAUUAAAGUGAAGUUCACUCCGGGCCAGAUGAAGCGGGGCAAGGCAGCCCAGCUGGGGUUGAAGCUAUUGCAGAGUCAGGUGGAAGGAGAGUUGAAGUCUGCUAGGGCAGCAGCAGCAGCGAAGGCUCCUGAGGGAGAGGAUGGUGUGGAGGCGACGCCUGUUGCCAUCGACCGCCAUGCAUUGGAUCUUGUACGCCUCGUGCCGAUGGAGGAAGCGUCAGAUGCGAUAGGCGUGAGCAAUGUGAAGCUCGCGGCUAGCGGAGUGCAGAAGCUACAGCAGAAGUCUAAGAAGGAGAAGAAGCAGUUGGCCAAGCAGAGAGAGAAAGAGGCCUUGCUUGCUAUGGACGGAUGA